AUGUCGACUCCUCGUCGGGGAAUAUUUGAGACGCUUGUCUACUUGGGGCAGAUCCCCAUAGAUGCCAGCAGCAGCAGCAGCAGCAGCGACAGCAGCAGCAGCAGCAGCAGCAGCAGCAGCAGCAGCAGCAGCAGAGGAGGGUGCAGCUGCUGCGGUGAGCCAAUAGUAGUAUUAGGUAGCCGUUCCCCACAAAGGGCACAUCUGCUGCAGCAGCAACUUCGUAUACCUGUACGUAUUGUACCCUCAGACUAUGAGGAAAUUAACAAGGAACAGCAGCAGCAGCAGCAGCAGCAGCAGCAACAGCAGCAACAGCAACAGGGAGAGGAGAAGAAGGACGAGCUGCAGCAGCAAAAAGAAGAAGAAGAGGCCAAGUUGCUGCUGCAGCAACUGCUCAAACCUGCUGAAGGUAUCAGCCAGACCUCUCAACAGCAGCAGCAGCAGCAACAGCAGCAAGUGCAGCAGCAGCAGGAGCAGCAGCAGCAGCAAGGAAGUAACCGAAUAAAAGUGCAUGCAUUACGUAAUGCUCAUGACAAUGCUGCCCAAUUAGUACAAUCAAUAACAUUAGAGGAGCCUCCAUGGGGAUCGGGAUCGGGAUCGGGAUCGGUUGUGGGACCGGGAUCGGGAUCGGGAUCGGUUGUGGGACCGGGAUCGGGAUCGGGAUCGGGAUCGUCUAAAAGGAGUGCCAAAGCCAACAACAACAGUAGUACUUCUUCCCUCCCCCCUCCGUACCCAUCUAAGAAGGCCAAGGUGGGGCCCCCCUCUUCAUUAGGGGCCCCCCAUCCCAAUUUUGGUGCCCUUCAGGGUACAACCAUGGUGGGUGGUCCCAAAGGGGCCCCCCCAAGGGGCCCCACCGCGGGGGGCCCCUCCUCGGGGGGCCCCUCUGGUGGUUGUAUAUUAGGUCAUAAUUUAGAGGAUAGACUAAGGAGACGAUUAAUAUUAUUAAGAGAAGAAUUAGCAAAAAAAGGGAAGCUAAAAACAACAAAAACAAUAGCAACAAAUGCAGCAAUAGAUGCUGUUGUUCGUUCUCUUCCUUCUUCUCUUGCUCAAUUACAAACCCUUCCUUUCAAGGAAUUACAAGGAGGCAAAAAGGGACAAAAGUACGGGCAAGUGUUUGUGGCAGAAGUGCGGGCGUUUCUUUGUGAGAACCAAUUGACCCAUUUAUUAAAGGAGGAUACCCGAGGGAGCCCACCACCAGGUGUCUCUUCUUCUGCUUGUCUCCUAUCAGCAGAGGAGACAGCAGAGGAAGAGUUUAUAUCUGUUGGGGGCCCCCUUGAUGCUCCAAUUGAUACUGGGGGCCCCUUUGGUGGGGGCCCCUUUGGUGUGGGCCCCCCUGGGGGCCCCCCAGGGAAUUUGGGAGGGCCCCAAAUGGGUACCGAUGCAUGCGUAUCACAGAGCAUGUAUUUUCGAGGGAGUGGGCCCCCUUCCUUUGGGGGCCCCCCUGCUGCUUCUUCUCCUCCUGCUGCAGGGGGUACACAGGGAUUGCAGCCUUCUGGGUACUGGCAGCAGGCCAACAGGGCCCCGGGGGGGCCCCCAGGAGCCCCCACUGGCCCAGGGGCCCCUGGAACCUCGGGGCCCCCAGGGCCCCCCCCACCCGAUCCGCAGAUGUGGGGCCCCGAGGAUCUGGACUGUCUCGACAGUUUUUGA